AUUUACAGCAGCAAAGCUAAGAGCCGGGGCUGGUCAAGGAAUAAAGGACUCAGAGACCAUCAGCUCUCAGCCUUUUUGCGGGGGUGGGGUCCCUCUGUGCCACAACGAUGGUUCUGUGAAGGAAAAGAACUCCAGAAUUCCCCUGACAUUCAGAUCCAUUCUGAAAGUGGAGGACUCCAUUCACUAAUUAUAAUAGAAGCCUUUGAAGACGACACUGGACGCUAUACUUGUCUGGCUUCAAAUUCUUUUGGUUCAGAUAGCACAUCAGCUGAAAUAUUCAUUGAAGGUGCCAGUUCUACAGAUUCUGAGUGUGAAAGUUUAAUUUUCAAAUCAAAAUCUGGAGCUAUGCCACAGGCCCAAAAGAAAACCACUUCUGUUUCCUUGACAAUAGGAUCUUCUACACCAAAAUCUGGAGUGACCACAGCUGUAAUUCAACCUAUCUCUGUGCCCAGUCAGCAGGUUCAAAGCCCUACUUCACACCUGCAUCAUCUGGAUGGACCCAAGCCUAUCUAUUCUGCACCUAUUUUUACAAAGGAGCUACAAAAUGCCACAGCAUCUGAAGGACAAGUGGUGGUAUUGGAAUGCAGGGUCAGAGGACCCCCUCCCAUUCACGUUAAGUGGUUUCGACAGGGCAUUGAAAUUCAAGAUUCUCCAGACUUCAGAAUUCUCCAAAAAAAGCCACGAUCUGCAACUGAACCUGAAGAGAUAUGUACACUUGUAAUAGCAGAAACUUUCCCUGAAGAUUCAGGAAUUUUCACUUGUACAGCAACAAAUGAACAUGGUUCAGUAACAAGCAGUGCACAACUAACUGUCUGCUCAGCCAACUUGGAAUGCUCUAGUGAUGAUUUCCAUAAUUUCUCACCAAUUCCUCCAGUUGAAAUUAGCUCUCUUGAGCUUUCUCCUAAGAAACAUAUAGAGACCCACCAAGGAAACAACACUGAGUUGAGACCUGGUGUGACAGACCUUCAACAACAACUCAAUUCAUCUGAGGAAAAAACAAAUGGCAUUCAUCCUCUUCUUGGAGUAAAUGGAAUGAUUAACAGCAAGCCAAAUGGUGAUAAAUCCCUUCCAUCUCCAGCUGUCUUGCUUUCACCCACAAAGGAGCCACCACCUGUGCUUGCCAAACCAAAGCUGGACCCCAAAAAAAUACAGCAGCUGCAGAACCAAAUUCGUCUGGAGCAAGAAAGUGGACAGUGGUAUCAUCACCAACAGCAACCUGAUCAUCAGCAGCACCCUCCCUCUUCUCCUUCCUUUCCUCCUCCCCCCUCCUUCCAGGAGCUUGAGUCCAGCCAGUCUGUUACCUCUCCUGUGCCAAUGAGUAUUCUUAACUCUCAUACUUCCCCAACCAUGCAGUCUUCUGGCUCCUUCAACUAUGCUCGGCCUAAGCAGUUCAUUGCUGCCCAGAACAUCAGCCCUGCUUCUGGUUAUGUGACUCCAUCUUCUGGGUCAUCUACAUCUAGUCUUCCUUCUCCUAUGUCUCCAACUGCUUCUCAGAAACAGUUUGGGAGAGUGCCAGUUCCUCCCUUCUCUCAGCAGUUUGCUCCAGAAGGGGAAUAUGCCUGGUCUCCUUCUUCUCCCUCCCCUCCGCCCCCACCUCCCCCUGUCUUUAGUCCAACAGCGACAUAUCCAGUGUGUGAUUCCUUUCCACUUCCACCUCCUCCACCCCCUCCUCUUCCUUCACUUUCUUCACCUUCCCACAGCCUGUCUCCAACUCCAAGAUUUCCUAAUUCCAGCCAGUCUCCAGCAGCUUUUCUCAGCUCCAUGCUGCCAUCCCAGCCACCACCCAUUUCUGUCAACGCAUUAGGCCUCCCGAAAGGAGUGACGCCUCCGGGAUUUCCCAAGAAAACAGGCAGAACUGCUAGGAUAGCAUCAGAUGAAGAAAUUCAAGGUUCAAAAGAUGCUGUAAUUCAGGAUCUGGAGAGAAAACUUCGCUUCAAAGAAGACCUUUUGAACAAUGGGCAACCGAGAUUAACAUAUGAGGAAAAAAUGGCUCGUCGAUUGCUGGGAGCAGACAGUGCUGCAACUGUCUUCAAUAUACAGGAACCAGAAGAAGACCCUGCUAUACAGGAAUAUAAAGUCUCCAGCUUUGAGCAAAGGUUGAUCAGUGAAAUUGAAUACAGGCUGGAGAGAUCUCCUGUGGAAGAAUCAGAUGACGAAGUGCAAUAUGGAGAUGAACCUACUGAUAACAGUAUGUCACCAUAUUUUGAGAUAAAGCUGAAGCACUACAAAAUCUUUGAGGGAAUGCCAGUCACAUUUACAUGCAAAGUGGCAGGAAAUCCAAAGCCAAAGAUUUAUUGGUUUAAAGAUGGGAAGCAAAUUUCUAAACGAAGCGAUCACUACCGAAUUCAAAGAGAACUUGAUGGAACUUGCUCACUGCAUACUGCAGCCUCCACCCUGGAUGAUGAUGGGAAUUACACUAUUAUGGCUGCUAACCCACAGGGCAGAGUGAGUUGCACGGGCAGGCUGAUGGUUCAAGCUGUAAAUCAAAGAGGCCGCAGUCCUUGGUCACCUUCAGGUCAGCCCCAUAUAAGAAGACCACGAUCUCGAUCAAGGGACAGUGGUGAUGAAAAUGAACCAAUUCAGGAACGAUUCUUCCGGCCUCAUUUUCUGCAGGCUCCUGGAGACUUGACUGUUCAAGAAGGAAAACUAUGCAGGAUGGACUGCAAGGUUAGUGGAUUACCAACUCCAGACUUAAGCUGGCAACUCAAUGGCAGACCAAUUCGCCCUGACAGCUCUCACAAAAUGUUGGUGCGUGAGAAUGGGGUGCACUCCUUGAUCAUAGAACCAGUCACAUCGAGAGACGCUGGAAUCUACACGUGCAUUGCCAGCAACCGAGCUGGUGAAAAUUCUUUCAGCCUGGAGCUCACUGUUGCAGCCAAGGAAGUACAAAAAGCACCUGUGUUUAUAGAGAAGCUACAAAACACAGGUGUGACUGAGGGAUUCCCAGUGCGACUGGAGUGUCGAAUCUCAGGGGAGCCAUCUCCUCAGAUAUUUUGGAAGAAAGAGAAUGAGUCACUUACAUACAACACCGACCGAGUGAGCAUGCACCAGGAUAACUACGGCUACAUUUGCCUGCUUAUUCAGGGCGCUACAAAGGAGGAUGCUGGCUGGUACACUGUUUCAGCUAAGAAUGAGGCUGGGAUUGUGUCUUGCACCGCCAGGCUGGAUGUUUAUACUCAGUGGCAACAACCACCUCAGCAGACCAAGCCAAAGAAGGUGCGGCCCUCAGCCAGCCGAUAUGCUGCUCUUGUUGACCAAGGACUUGACAUCAAAGCAGCUUUCCAGCCCGAAGCAAAUCCAGUCCACCUGACAAUGCAGCCUGGCCUGGUAGAGAGUGAUGAUCUGUAGAUUCAACUGCCGCUUCCAUCAUUUCCUUUCAAAGCAGAAACACUGAAAGCCAUUGCCUUGACCAAUGAUACUCCUACGUCACUUUAUGCAAGGGCAGACACCUUCAUGUACAAAAGAUAAACAACAAACACAGUAACCAUGUAUUCCUUAUUCAUUAUACCAAAUUAGAAGAAUAGAUAGAUUAUUAAUAGAAAUGUACACAUUGCACAACAAAUCACACUCACCAGUUCCUUAACCUAUGUUGCUUCAGAACCCUUUUCAUAGAGGCCAAAAUGCAUCAGAGAGAAAGAUUUUUCACUACAUACCUUCGUAAGCAGUAAGUAAAUGCUACACAAUCUUAACGGUGCAAGAUGUUUUCUUCAAGGGUUAUCAACAGUUCUAAAAUGGCUACGCAUUCUGACAGCUACAAUGAACAAGUGCAAUAUUAUAAGAAUAAAACAGGAAGGGACAAGGAAAAGAAAUGCAAAUACUGUAUCUCUGCAAAAUGCUUUCUAUUCAACAAUGGAAAAAAAUCUUUCUUUCAAUGCUAUUAGUAUGGACAUCAACACCCUAACUUUCAAUUCAUCUGUGUUUUUCCUUUUUGCCAUCUAGGAGGAGGCUUAUUUACAAACAUAUAGCAAAGGCAGUCUAAGCAGAAGUAAUUUAACUUCUGCAGGACAACAAAGAAGAGCUGACACAUAGCAACAAUCUACUCCCGAUUACGCCUUGGUAACUAGAUGGGGAAAAAAUGCUGAUAGUAUGAACCACUGCAGUGAGUUACUGCAAGGGGUGGGAGGGGGACUGGACAAGAAGUUGAAACUCUUUGGCUUUUCUGACAGUAGUCUGUAAUCUUGUAAUACUCCCAUUCAAGGUUCUGAAAUUCUAAGGUGAGCUGAAAACUAGGGAGUGUAUGGGAUGUUUGACUGUUUAAAGCUUGUGUAAUAUGUAUGAGGAUUUUAGAAAUGUAUAGUAAGUGAAAAAUGGGUUGAAACUGCAAUAUGGAUUUUAAGUGACAAGUAUACACCACAGGUGAUAGGCUUGCAAAUCUGAGGAAGUAGAAAAAAUGAAGAUAGGCAAAAACAUCCAAUUUGCUCUAUUUGCUUUUGUUCUUAACGUAACAUGUCUCUGGUAGAUUUUUUUUUUCCCUUCUCCUGACUGUAGGCAAAGGACAGUUCUAUUGAGGAGUAGAGACUGUGCACUACAGGUGAAAAGCCUGAAGGCUACUUUCAGAAUGCAAAGCAAAUCCACAUGGCAGUGGAGCCCCACUUAGGUCACACCUGACUAGGUAGUUUUAAAUUAGAACCAAAUGAAUUUCAGUUGAAGGGGAGGGAGGGAGAAUGGAUGGAAGAAAUACUAGGCCUGACAAGGAAAAUGAGUGUUUGAUGGUACGAACUACGAUACAUGCUAGAAAAGGAAAACACUGUAUUCCUUAUAUGAAGCACAUAUAUGGUAUCUUUCAUUAUUUAUAAUAAAAGUGUUGAAAUCUUUUAUCUCAGUUCAUUUAUUCAGAAGUCCUGUACUUAGGAUAUUUUUUUGUUGGGUUUUUUUUUUUUUUAAUUUUGUAAUUGUGUACACCAUAUAUUGCAUUACUGCUAUACGUGUAUUGCUUUGUAAGUACACAAAGUUUGUUUUGUUUUUUAGUGACUAAUAAACUUUAGCACACAAGGUAGUACUAUUCUGGUGCAGGAUAUGACUAGUGAUGGGGAUGGUUAAUCUAGAGUAACGGCAUAGUCURACAAGUGGGAAUAAUCUGAUUCUAUUCUAGUAGUAUGUCAUAUCUUUUGCCAAAUUUUCCUCUACUGUGACAUGCUAAUUUACUUUUUUGUUUAGCUUCACUAGCAUUAUUUUGCCACUUUUUACUUGUAUUUAUAAAAAAUGUAUUAUCAUUACUUUGGACUGUUGUGCUGAUAUAAUGUGGGUUUAACAUCAAUAAAUAUUACACAAAUAGAAAGUUUUCUUUCUGGUAAAGAUUAAUAACUGUUUCAGUACUGUACAAGCAUGCAAGUAGAAGAUUUGGAAAUUAA